AGAAAGAAGCUAAACACAAGUUGUCCACCAGAGGGCGUCUUUCUGCAGCCUGCUCUGUAUGAACCGGAAAGAUAUGGUUUCACCUUGGGUGCAUAUCUCUGAAAGAGGCGCACGUUUGGUUUGAGCUGGUAAUUUGACAUUCAAAUGAAAGUUAUAUGUCUCUGUAGCAGCUCGGUGCGUCUAGCUGUUCUUCGGAGAGUGAAGAAACAUGAAACAAGACGUCAGGAUACUUCUGUUGGGGGAACCCAAGGUGGGGAAGACCUCCCUAAUCAUGUCCCUGGUUGGAGAAGAGUUUCCAGAGGUGGUGCCCCCCAGAGCUGAGGAGAUCACCAUCCCUGCUGAUGUAACUCCAGAGAAGGUGCCCACUCACAUUGUGGACUACUCGGAAAAAGAGCAAAGCGAUGAAGUCCUUAGAGAUGAGAUCAUCAAGGCUAAUGUGGUGUGUGUGGUGUAUGAUGUCACCAAUGAGGAUACAAUAAAUAGGAUUAAAACCAAAUGGAUACCCUUUGUAAAUGGAGAUGCUGAGAAAGGGAGCAAGAUUCCUAUCAUCCUUGUGGGAAACAAAUCUGAUCUGCGUAGUGGAAGUUCAAUGGAAACCAUUCUUCCCAUCAUGAACCAGUUCUCUGAGAUUGAGACGUGUGUUGAGUGUUCUGCAAAAAACCUCAAAAACAUUUCAGAGCUGUUCUACUAUGCACAGAAGGCUGUCCUCCACCCUACUGCUCCUCUUUAUGACCCUGAGGAUAAACAGCUAAAACCAGCAUGUGUUCGAGCCCUGAGCAGAAUAUUCUACGUUUCAGACCAGGAUAAUGACCGCAUCCUCAGUGAUGCUGAACUCAACAGCUUUCAGAAAUCUUGUUUUGGAAAUCCUCUAGCACCUCAAGCUUUGGAAGAUGUGAAAACUGUAGUUUGGAAGAACACCAGUGAUGGAGUACAAGACAAUGGCCUGACCCUCAAUGGUUUCUUGUUUCUUAAUACAUUAUUUAUCCAAAGGGGCCGGCAUGAAACCACGUGGACCAUCCUCAGGAAGUUUGGUUACGACGACAACCUUGAGUUGACUGAUGAUUACCUUUACCCUGAACUGCGAGUUCCUGUUGGCUGCACCACGGAGCUCAACCACUUUGGUCGCCAGUUCCUCCAGCGAUUAUUUGACAAGUAUGAUGAAGAUAAGGACUCUGCCCUGUCACCAACAGAGCUUAAGAACCUGUUUUGCGUAUGUCCUUAUAUGCCUUGGGGUGCAGAUGUCUUUGUGACUGUACCAACCACAGACGAGGGCUAUAUUUCUAAUCACGGUUACCACUGUCAGUGGGUGUUGUCUGCAUACCUUGACAUCCACCGUUGCCUGGAGCACCUAGGAUACCUAGGCUACCCUAUCCUCACUGAGCAGGAGUCACAGACUGCUGCAGUCACAGUGACACGGGAGAAAGAGGUGGAUUUGGAAAAGCGGCAGACUCAGCGAACAGUGUUUCUCUGCAAGGUGAUUGGACCACGAGGGACAGGGAAGACAGUCUUUCUCCAGUCCUUUGUGGGGCGCCACGUUCUGAAUAAAAGAAAUCCCAGCAGUGCCUUCUCACCAUAUGUCAUAAAUACAGUCCAAGUCAGCAACCAGGAGAAAUACCUCAUUCUUCAUGAGGUAGAUGUGGAGACAGAGUUCCUGAAGGCAUCAGACGCCUCCUGUGAUGUCGCUUGUCUCAUGUAUGACAUCAGUGACCCCCAUUCUUUCGACUAUUGUGCCAGUAUAUACAAGCAACAUUACAUGGAGAGCAACAUCCCAUGUGUGCUGGUUGCCUCCAAGGUGGACCUUCCUGAAGUCAAGCAGUUCCAUGGGAUGACUCCAGCAGAGUUCUGCUACAAACACCGUCUGCCUCCACCGCUGCCCUUCUCCAGCCUGUUACUCGACUCCACCAGCAAGAACAUCUACUCCAGGCUUGCCUGGGCAGCAAUGUACCCACACCUGAAUGGUUCAGACAUGAGCAGCACAUCAUUCUGGCUCAGGGUGGCGUUGGGCUCGGCUGUGGUUGCAGUUCUUGGUUUUGCUAUUUACAGAGCUGUAGCUAGACUGAAAUGACCAACUGGAGACUUUUUUUUUUUUUUUUUUUUUAAAUAAAAACCUCCAUCCAUCAAGACCAAACUUCUAAGACCAGAUCUAGAAUCACUGCAGUCUGAACAGAAGAAAGUCCACUUCACCCUCAAGUCUCCCAGGAAUACGUUUGCCAUCCUGUCUGACCGCUUCACUUUGAAGUCAUUUGAUCACAGCAGUCCGGAGGCAAUUGGAUAUUGGUGAUCAUGUUAUUCCACAUGCUGCCAGCUUUUUCUGCCUUAUAUUGUCUAACCAGGCUAAGUAGGGGAUACCCUGUCUGUGCUUGAUACACAAAGAAUUGCUACUGUUAGUGUCCAAAAAGGUGCUUUAUCAGGGGGAGGGCCUGCAGGAUAAUUGUGUCACGUCCUCUGCUUUCCCCUUCGAUGUGGGAGUGUUAAAGGUGCAAAAAUGCUGUGUUUCUGAGCAUAACAGGUAAAAUGCCAAAUUGACUGGAACCAAAAUGGGGGGCAUUGGAAUAAUUGUUAAGAGAGGACACCCUUACCGGCUGCUGCCCAAAUCUCUAACAUGAACAUUGCUUUUAUUUUUGCCCAGGACAAAACAGAGUGGAGAUGUUUAUCUGAUUGCCAAAUAACCUGAGCAGCAAUGGGUAGUUUUAGCAUGUUGUCACUCUUUUAGGCAUAUCAUUCAGCCCGAAAACAAAUCAUCUUUAGCUUGAAUCUUUUUGUUAAAAUGUUUUUAGCAGUAAGUCUUCCAUGAAAAUGCUGCAACGAGGAGAGAUUGCUCUUUGCAUGAAGAAACCUUGCUUUUUAUGUGAGAGGUGAUUUGUAUUAGCGUAAAGAACGUAAAGAAAUUUCUACAGUUCAAAGAGUUUAAGGCUUAAAAACUGUGGUGUUAAAGAAUGAUUUCUGCCUCCAGUUUCCCUCUGCUCUGCUCACAUUGACAUGGAAUUUAUUUUAUAAACAAAAAUGGACUGGUAAUCUGUGCUUUUCUCUUCUUAAACCUGCCACGUUUGACACAAUCUGUCGCAGUUUCAACGAGUUGACUGUUGCUUAAUUAAUCUGAGGACCUGUUGUUUGUGUGGGAUGCAAAUCACAAAACUGUGACUUUUCAAACAGUGUUUUCUUACUGACAGUAAACUGAUUUAGAUGCUUAAUAAAAGAUCAGACUGGGCUGUGAGUUCUCGCAAAAAGACAUUUGGGUGUUGACAUGAAAAAUGCACACUGUGACUAAUGUAAUACGUUUGAUAGCAGGUAUUUAAAACUUCUAUACAUAAUAUAACCUUGUCAACAUUG